UGUCUCCAUAAAGGUUUUGGAUAGUGUAUAGGGUUCCACACGGUGUUGUAGAGUUGCGCUAUUAUUAUUUUUCUUAUAAUGUAUGUACGGGUUAGCAUGUAUGGCUGGAAUCGAAAAAGGGAUGAGAUCAACUUCACUUACAGUACCCCUUUUGCUUAUUUAUCUUUUUGCUUGGGUCUUGGCGCAUCGUGAAUAUGGGAUUAAAUGGAUGCAUUGCUUGGGCUUGCCUUGUGUUGUGUUACCUUUGUUUUUGCACAAUACCUACCUAUCUAACUAACUAUACGUGCUCUAUGAUAUACAUAUUGGCCUUGAGCCUUG